UAAAAGAACACUUCCACAGAAGAUGAGUGGAUUCUUUGGAAAAAGAGAAACAACUAAAGCAGGGAAAUACUUUGAACUUCCCUGUCUGUGGUGUUUGAAGGAGAAAGUACGGAUAUUGGGGAAAAAAUUAAAUAGAUGCGUGAUUUGAAGGUGGAUUUUUUCCGCUCACUGUACCCAGCAGUCCCGGAAAGAGCAGGACGCUCUUUUCCACGUCGCUGCUGCGGUUGGCUUCUCCCAGUUGGAGGUGGAGCCACGUUCCUGCGUGUGUUGGUCAGCGACGAUGUGAGAGCCAGGCUAAAGUUUACUUCCAACAGGAUGAAAUCGCAGUUGGUUUUGCUUUUCCUCGCCCUGUUUCUUCUGGGUAGAAGCAGAGGCUUAACAGCGGCGAAGCGAGGUCCUAAGGUAACAGCCAAGGUAUUCUUCGAUAUUCAAGUUGGUGGCAAGGAUGUGGGAAGGAUUGUCAUUGGUUUAUUUGGUAAAGUUGUUCCAAAGACUGUGGAAAACUUUAUCACUCUAGCAACAGGACAGAAAGGUUAUGGUUAUAAAGGCAGCAGAUUUCACCGUGUCAUCAAGGAUUUCUUAAUACAGGGCGGAGAUUUUACUUCAGGAGAUGGGAGUGGAGGAAUGAGCAUUUAUGGAAAGGUGUUCCCGGAUGAGAACUUCAAGCUGAAACACUACGGAAUUGGGUGGGUUAGCAUGGCCAAUUCAGGACCAGAUACAAAUACUUCACAAUUUUUUAUUUCAUUAACAAAACCAAAGUGGCUGGAUGGAAAACAUGUGGUGUUUGGCAAAGUUAUUUCUGGAAUGCCUGUGGUGCAUAUGAUAGAACUCCAGGAUACAAACAGCGAUAAUCAACCUCUCCAAGACUGCGUGAUAGUAAAUAGUGGCAAGAUAGAUGUCAAAGAACCUUUUGUGGUUGAAGUCAAUGACGACGACUAACAGGAAAGGACUCGGUAUCUCUUAGAAAUAACAGAUGAAAGGCACAAUUGACACUUCUGCUUCCAUUGAUCAAAUUUUUAUUGUGAUAUACCAAAAAAUUUUCCCUCUUUAUACCUGAGCUAAAGAUGAUAUAGUACAUUUAUGAUGUUGGUCCCCAGAAAUUUAAUGGUGCAGGAUAAGUGACCUACCUGAAUGUAAAGAUGGGAGAGACUGAACUGCUUCUUUUACUGUCCUUAAAGCAAUCAGUAGUAUCCAGUCUUUACUGACGUUGUUCUCUGGGCUUGAUCCAUUAAACCAGGGGCCGAUGUUGUAUUAGCCAAUGCAUCCUUAUCAGUGUCCUUUUUGCUAGCAGGAUGUCCUCAUCAGUUGGCUGCACCAGGAACAGAAUCUUGAGUGCCACCUUUUAGGAAAGGGCAAAAUGGGCUUUUCAAGUUCAAGUUGACGUUUGAUUACCACUCAACCAUACACGAAUGCAGCCAAACAAAGUCACUUUGGGUCCGAGGUGCAAAAUGUACACAGCGCAUACAAGAUAGCAAGCUAACAGUCACGCAAGAAUAGAUAAAUAUAGCCCAAGUCCUGCAGUGACGUGUGCUGCAAAUUGAUGCAUAGUUGCCAUUGGCAAGGAAUGGCAGUUCCCAGCAUUCCACAGACGAACGCUUGCAAGCGCAUACACACGCAAUCCAGCUUGUUAUUUCACUGACUGAGCACUAGAGAGCAUCACCAGCCUCCAGUCGAGCACGGACGCCAUGCAAUGCCGCCUCUGGCUUUCCUCUCCUGGACUGCAGCUUGACACCUGGUCCUCGCUACAACCAAGGCCGCUAUCUGCCGCUCCGACAAACGAGAAAUGGGUCUGUGGCACCUUGCAUAUCAGUGUUCCGUUACACUUCACGCAACAACCCCGAUGUCUUCCUGCAGGAGGCAGCAACAUGAGUCAUAGCAAGACCAGCUGUUCCAGCUCUUGCACCAACAGCAGCUCACUGAUGGGGUAAACCUGCAGCACCCCGAAGUUCUUAAAGUCCAGCAUUGUCUUAAAAUUGUAAAAAUGUUUAAAAAAGACAAAAACACCUUUGGUUGCCCCCGCCCCCGAGAGAACUCUGCACCCAACCCCGCCACCAUCUUACCAUCUUUCUGAUAGAGCAGCAUUUGUGGAGUGGCGGGAUUUUGAUUGAAAUCCUGCAUCAAGACAGAGUCGACAAUUCCUUCUCCCUUCCCCCUCAGAUUUCUUUUGUUGCACCAAAUUCUAGCAUCGAUAGUCUCGUCUCCAAAAAAAAAGGAGGGUAUAUUCUGUGUUUUUUUUUAAACGUUUGGUGCAAUAUUCUUCACUUCAUGUACUUAACCUUUCCAAAGCUUCCCAGAAAGUCUGCUUCUUCAAAAUAUUAUUUAUUUGUAAAAAAGAUGUUUCAGAAUGGAAAAUGUUCUCAACGAAGCAUUGAAAUUAAAGUAAUUGCAAAAGUGA